CUUCUCCAUGUCCAUGGCGUGUUUCAAUAGCUAGGGAUAAAGAUCAAGAAAGGCUUCUUCUUGCUAGCUCCUUUUGCAUUGCAUCCCUUUUGUUUUUCCUGCACUCUUUGUUUCAUGUCUCGUUGUUUAUUUGGUUUGAGGAGUAAGUUCAUUCCUUUCCUUAAAAAAGGUUCAUUCCUUUUGAAUCCUCUUCUUUUCUUUCUUCUCAUUCUCAUCUUGUUCUUGCAAACCGCAACCUGAGAAAGAGUUAGCAAUAAAUACCCUUUAAUACUGUUAAUAGUAGCACUAGAAAUCCGGUGCUUUAAUCCGAAAUACAAUGGCGUUGCCGUUACUGCAAGAAAUGCAGAUAAGUUUCAGUUUUUAAAACGUUUAAAGCUCCCAUAUUUUUAGCUGAGAGCAUGAAUCACGCUGCUUGCAUCUGUCAGGUCCUCCCAUCACUCCAUCUGCAAUGAAUUUUAAUCCUUUGGCCGCUCAGGUUCUUGCCACAUGAAUGCAUUGCUUCACUGAACCAGCUACAAACAUGGGCAAACACAUUUCAGGAUCUAGACCCAUGGGGAUCACAAAUUCACAAUAAUGGCAGAAUGGCUUUACCACCAGCACACACACAGGGCCUUCUCUGUAACUGUGCAAGUUUACUGCAGCCUUCUUCUCACUUUGAAUUUUUGACCCUCCCUUUCUUUACUUUCUGCUAUGUGCUAUUGCUCCAUUCCAUGUAAGGCUGCUAUUAUUAUUCCCCUCUUGAGAGAGAAUGACCAUUCUAGCCCAUGCUGUUCAUCUUGAUGGUGUUGGAUGAAUCAAGGGCAGUUUGGUAUUCCUGCAAUUUUUUACAUUUGUUGUGUGAAUGGGUUCCUGCUGUGUUUGCCGGAUUCCUGCUGCCAAAGGCCAUUGGGGGUCCUUGUGGUUGUGGCUGUGGGCAACUAGGUGCACUGUUACCUCUGCCUGAGGUUACAGAAGUAAGGUGAGCUCAGAAGGAUUUGGUAAGGGAUCUCAUUAUGCAGACUUCAAAAACCAGGAAUGGGCCUUCAGAUGCCCCACAGAAGGCUUCUCCGGCAACACCACGGUCAUCUCGGGUGGCGAAAACUGGAGGGAAUGAAACUGACUCUGCAGGGAUCACACCAACAAGAACCACUCCAGAGAGGAGCCCUAAGGUCACCGAGCGUCGGUCACCACGAAGCCCAAUUACUGAGAAGCGCCCAAGUAGGCUGUCCGAGUUGGAGUCCAGGGUCAGCCAGCUGCAAGAUGAGCUGAAGAAGGCCAAGGAGCAGCUGAGCUUAUCGGAGUCACGAAGACGCCACACACAACAGGAAGCAGAGGAAGCAAAAAAGCAGGAGCAGGCUGCAACCUCAAAGCUCGAGGACCUACAGCGCCAGCUUGCCGAGUUCUCAGCUGCGGAGGAGUCCCGACUCCAGGAACUGCGGAAGGUCUCACAGGAGCGUGACCGUGCUUGGGAGUCUGAGCUCGAGGCUGUGAAGAAGCAGCAGUCAGUGGAUUCAGCUGCUCUGAGCUCAGCCUUGUCUGAAAUUCAGAGGUUGAAGCAGCAGCUGGGGGCCACCACAGAGUCUGAUGCAGCUCGUGCCAAGCAAUGCGAGUUUGCGGAGUCUGAGCUCGAGGGCUUGAAGCAGGAGAUGGAGCUCCGGCUUGCGACCAUCGAGGGCCUGAAGGUAAACGUUGGCGAGAGCGACAAGGCUGUAGCUGAGGCGAACGCGGUGGCAGCUGAGACCAAGAAGCAGCUUGAGAUGGCACAAGCUACUAUUGACUCGCUGCUUGCUGAGGGUGCCCGGUUGCAAGAAUGCCUGAGGUCGAAGGACGCAGAGCUCGGCCAGUCCAUGGCUCGAUUAGCCACACUGGAGGAAGAUCUGAAGAAGGCACAUAACAAGGAUGAUGUUGAUGGCAGCUUUGGCAGCCCUGAUCAUGGUGAAGCUGUGGAGAAGGUGGUGGUAACUAUCCCCAAUGGCAAUGGCAGCUGUGGUGGUUCUGGCGCAGAGAUUGAGCAGCUGCGGACGGCGCUCGAGGUGGCUGAGAUUAGGUACCAGGAAGAACAAACUCGCACGACGAUCGAGACGAAGACCGCCUACGAAAUGCUGGAGAAUGCCAAGUCAGAGUACGACCGCAGAGUGCGCGAUCUUGAGCUGGAGCUGAAGAGCAAGAACGAUGAGCUCACUGAAGCGAAGGCCACUUUGGCUGUCAGGUGUGACGGGAAGAGCGAUGUGAUGCAGCCAGAGCUUGAGGCGAAGCUGAUGAAGUCGAUCACCGAUGCGACGGAGCUGAAGGCGAGCCUGAUGGACAAGGAGACGGCGCUGCAGAGCGUGAUGGAGGAGAACGAGACGCUCAAGUCGGAGGCGGGGAAGAAGGCGGCGGAGGUGCAGCGGAGGUACGAGGCGGCGGUGGCGGAGCUGGAGCUGGCCAAGGCGGCGGAGCAGGACGUCCGGAUGCGGCUCGGGUACGUGACGGAGGAGGCCGACAAGAGCAGCCGGCGCGCCGCCAGGGCGUCGGAGCAGCUGGACGCGGCGCAGGCGGCCAGCGUCGAGAUGGAGGCCGAGCUGCGGCGCCUCCGGGUGCAGUCUGACCAGUGGCGCAAGGCGGCCGAGGCAGCGGCGGCGGCGCUGGGAGGAGGCGGUGGCGGCAUUGGCAGGAACGUGGAGCGGACGGGGUCUCUGGAGCCGGCGGAGUACACCAACUCCAUGAUCGGCGGGAAGCUGGCGAGCUCGCCGUUCUCCGACGAGCCGGAGGAGGAGUCGCCGAAGCGGCGCAACAGCGGCGUGCUCCGGCGGAUGAGCGGGCUGUGGAAGAAGAGCCCCAAGUGACCAUCGACGCCAUGGACAGCUUGGUGUGGUGUGUGUACUAGAAAGAACUGAAACUGACUAGCUAGGCUGAGCUGAUCUGAUCACGCCAUGGAUGGGUUUAGCUGCAAACACUGUGAAUCAAAGCUAGUUAAGUUAAUUACUACUGGUUGGUUAGUUGGUUUUGCUGCUGUGGUCGCAGUAAAAAAAGAAUGUUAAGAACUCUUGUAAUGAUGUUGGAGAUGAGGAGCAUCUACAUUUUGGGCUGCAUGCUGUCUUUGACAAGAGUGAUCUUGUGUUGUUA